CGUCCAGUCCCGCCCAUCAGCUGGGAGGGAGGCAGCUUGAGCUCCGCACAAGACCAGCCCCGUCCGCCGUGUCACAGCGUGGAGGAGGCGGCAACGGGCAGGCCAAGAGAGGCGGCUGGGAGGAGUGAGAAGAAGCAGGCGAGAAGAAAUAGGGGACGCACACACACACACACGCGCACAUGCACACACACAGUGGGAAGGAGAGGAAGACCCUUGUGGUGCACAUUUAUUUUUAGACACCAGGAAUUUUUCUUUGUGUUUCUCUGCUGCUUUUAUUAACCGCUCCCUGAUUGGAGUUUGCAUUGUGCUUCUUUUUUCUUCUUUUUUUAAAAUAUCAGUUGCAGUCAGGGUUUUGCUCGUUCCUUCUCUUCGGCCGUUCUGCUGCAAGUUGUGCUGCGGAGUUUGGAUUGCUGUGGUGAUCGGCGUGCGCCUCUCGGAGCGCGUCUGUCAGAGCGUCUGUCAGAGCGCCAGCGGGGGUAACCGCCGGUGACAGCGGGGCUCGGGCGAAGCUCGGCUGGGGACAGACCGCGGGCGAGCGAGUCCGGGAGAGAGCGAGAGAGAGGGAGAGCAACUGAAGCAGGAGAGCGGGGAAACGAGCGAGAGCCGGCUUUUUCGGAGAAGUGAACACUGCCAUUCGCCCUCCCCCCCUCCUCCUCCUCCUCCUCCUCCUCCUCCUUUCCCUCCCUCUCCCUCCGUCCUCUCCUCUCCCGUACCGGGGAAUCCGGGAUCGCCACAGCCGCCGCCGUCGCCUCCUUUUCAUCAUUGUCACUGUCACCAUCCUCAUCCUCACCCGCUCCUCUCAGAGCUUCCAAAGAGAGAGAGAGAGAGAGGAGGAGGGGGGUCGUCUGCCUCAGAGGGGAGUAUUGGGAAGUGAUCAGAGGUCGCGGGACUGUCAAACUCCAGGAGACGCCGUUAUCCAGGGACUCCCGCGGGGGCCUGCUGUCCGACAGCCACUUCCUCUUUGUCUCCCUCCGUCUCCGAGACGGGGUCUGCCCGCUCCUGAGAACCAGGAGAGCCCGCAGCACAGACGCCCUGCCAGCGAGUUUCCUGCCACAGCUAUACCGAUUCCAGCUACAUGGGAAAACGAUUGGAACAGCAACCAAUGUACCCCCAGUACACCUACUACUACCCUCAUUAUCUGCAGACCAAGCAGUCAUAUGCUCCACCCCCUCACCCCAUGGCUCCGCCCAGCCCCACGUCAAACAGCUGCAGCCAGAGCGGAGCAGAGCAGCUCAGUAAAACCAACCUGUACAUCCGCGGCCUUCCUCCUGGGACCACUGACCAGGACCUCAUCAAGCUCUGCCAACCAUAUGGAAAAAUAGUGUCAACAAAGGCAAUUCUGGACAAAAACACCAACCAGUGUAAAGGUUAUGGCUUUGUGGAUUUCGACAGCCCAGCAGCUGCACAAAAAGCAGUGUCGUCACUCAAGGCCAAUGGAGUGCAGGCCCAGAUGGCUAAGCAACAGGAGCAGGACCCCACCAACCUGUACAUCUCCAACCUGCCGGUGUCCAUGGACGAGCAGGAGCUGGAGACCAUGCUCAAGCCCUUCGGCCACGUCAUCUCCACGCGGAUCCUGAGGGACGCCAACGGAGUCAGCCGAGGGGUGGGCUUUGCCAGGAUGGAGUCCACUGAAAAAUGUGAGGUGGUGAUACAGCACUUCAACGGGAAAUACCUGAAAACUCCUCCAGGCAUUCCAGCCCCCACCGAACCACUGCUGUGCAAAUUUGCCGACGGAGGGCAGAAGAAGAGACAGAGCCAGAGCAAAUACCCGCAGAACGGACGGCCGUGGCACAGAGAAGGCGAGACUGGUAUGGCAUUAACGUUUGAUCCUGCCAUGCAAAAUGGGUUCUAUUCCUCGCCUUACAGCAUCGCCACGAACCGUAUGAUUGCACAGACGUCCAUCACACCCUUCAUCGCUGCUUCUCCUGUUUCCACAUAUCAGGUCCAGAGCACUUCAUGGAUGCCUCACCAACAGUAUGUUAUGCAACCAACAGGUGCUGUGAUCACGCCAGCCAUGGACCACACCAUGUCCAUGCAGCCCGCCAGCAUGAUGGGGCCCCUCACCCAGCAGAUGAACCACCUGUCCCUGGGUUCAACAGGAAGUUACAUGACCGCUGCGGCUGCUGCAGCGCCUAUGCAAGGGACCUACAUUCCCCAGUAUGCUCCUGUGCCUCCGACCGCCGUCCCCGUGGAAGGAGUGGUCACUGAUGCCUCGCCCCAGACAGUCGCUGCCGUGUCACAGGAGGCCGGCGGUCAGCAGCAGCACAUACAGGUCGAGGCCAGCGACCAUGUCCCUGCCUACUCGUACCAGUCCAAAUAACGACGGGACAAGAGAAUGUUCCAGCAACAGUGUUGCCUUGAGACAGGGGGAGUGCACUGAGACUGUUUCCAGAUCACCCAGGCACAAAAAGAGAUCAUUUUCUUUUUUCCACCUGGCUCAGAUGAAGAGGGGAGAGGAGGGGGUUGCUGGGUGUGGUACAGAGAGGGGGGUUUCAUCUGGUAGCCUUUGGGACACGGGUUGGACUGGCAUUGAACUGUUUCUCCAAGGAAUUCCUCAUACAAACAAAAAAGUAGAAAAGGAAAAACCUCGAAUGGUCGGGUGGGUGGUGAGAUGUUUUUUUGUUUAAUUAAAAGGAAUGAAAGAACGUUCGAGAAACAGGUUCUCUUCCUCAGAUAUUAAGCUAUUCUAUCUUUUCAUUUUUGUAUUGUGUCAAAUUUAAUUUUUCUUGACAACUUUAGCAAGGUUUUUUUCUUGAAUCUUUAUGCCUUAAUUUUGCGGAUGUUGGGGACUAUUCCAAGUGAUAUGUCCAGCGUCUUGUUUAGGAAAAAAAAUGAAUGGAUGAAUAUGUCCUUUGGACCAACUGAAUGGUACAAAAUACUACCCGAGUUGAGCUACAGAGAGAAAAUGUAUUACUUAAACUGUACAGAUUUAAUAGAGAAGUAUUCCUUUGUCAGAAGAACACUUAGUUAAUAAUUAUCAGUCAGUCCGAAUUAAUUGUCUUGCAAGAGACAAAAAGUUCAUUCUAGAAGACAGCAGGCAAAUAGGAAUUUUUUUUCACUACAAGGAAAAACUGCUGCAUUGUAGUGUAAAUGCAGUUUGUUGCAAAAUGCUGAUCUUGUUUUUUUUUACUUUCAUGGCAGAAUUGCUAUUGAUGGCAUUAGUGCUUUUUAUCUGCGACCUUUCACCUUUUUAUAAGCUUCAUGAUGUUUUUAGCCUGCUUUGCUUGUCAAAUUGCAAACAAAAAAAAAAAAGCGAUAAACUGGCAACGAUAAACUACAUAGAUACAGUAGGAGCUUACGGUUAAAACCAAUCAGCGCAAAAGCAAUAGAAGAAAUUGUUGACAAUUUCUGUAGUCUUUCCUAGUUGUGGAUCUAAUGCAGCCCGACCAGAGGCCGUUUUUAUACCAAAGAUGAAGAGAAACUCUGAAGCAGAGUUUUUUUUUUUUUUUUUUAUGUUCGAUCUCGUCGUUGUUAUUGUUGUUGUUGCUGAUCUUGUUCUUGUUGUCGUUGAUGCUGUUGUUGCUGUUGAUGUGGUUGUUUUUAUUUUUGACCUAAAUGGCCGGACCAGUACUUCCUGUUGUUUCUCGGUUUAAGCUACCUUCCCGCGACAUUUGUGUCACUCAGAAGCGAACUGAUUGGAAUCCGCGAGGCGUUCAGAGACAAGCCAACCAACCGUCGCUCCCAUUCACGUGAGAGACCGUCCGUCCAUUUUACGCACCUCAUAUUCUGUACUGCUCACAGGAAAACAGGGCCUGGAGGAAAACAGCAGGAAACGCUGGGGGGGGAAGAGGGGGGGAAUUGCGCUUGACGUGUUUCUCUUUGGCCUCGUCGGUUGAGCGAUUUCUAUCCUGCGCUUGUCUCUCUGAGAGAUAGCUGUGAACGAUGGUGCUCUUAAGUCUCAAGGCUGGGCUGGGAAUCUUCCUGUGCUUUUGUUUUGAUUUUGUCAUUAAUCAAAGAGACACGUUAGGGCCGGAGAAAAAGAAAACUGUUCACCUUACACCUCCGUGUAUUUAAACUGUAUAUCCAGCUACCUCAGUCUUUGGUCAUUCCGUCAUUCGAAGCGAGAAAGAAAAAAAAAACAUUUUGAAGAGGCUGAAUUUAAACAUACAUUAACCACAUUUGAGUUGUUUUGUCCUGGACCUCACACCCCAGCUAGGAGUGAGUACUGAAAAUAAACCUUGCAUUGGAUAUCUCUUUAGAUGGGUUUCUUCCAUUUAGACAUUUCUAAGAGUGUGCUCAUUUUUAAAGUAUCCUGCUCAAUUUCAUAGUGAAGUGACCAGUCUUAAAAGACUUUUCUUUUGUAAAGGUAGCUCUGGAGAUGGACCAAUGGAAAGGAAGCUCUGUUUUGAGUUUUGCCUACAGUUGGAAGCUGUCUAAAAGCACAGCCAAGAGCAUAACAAACUUACCACCACCCCCCCCCCCCUUUCCUGCACUCUCCUAUAAUGCUAAGUUUCACAUAAGCUUCAGUGCGGGAGAUUGUCCGAGCUGAGGAGUCUGUGGAGCGGGGAGCGGGCCAGGCUCAUUGGCGGCUCUGCGUCCGGGGCAGCGUGUCGCUCUGGUCUCCAUGGCGCCGGCGGCAGACGCCUCGUUUGACUGAGCUCCAGAGCAUGGCUGAUGGGCCCGGUUUAUCGCCGCAGUUUCCAAGGCCACGGAGGCGGAACAGAAACCAAAUUUAGUCAUGAGCUCAAUGGGCCUGGAAGUCCCAAUUUGUUUCCCCGGCGACUCUAAGAUGCACGCCCGCCUGCUUCCCCAGCUCCUCUCAUUGGCCGGAAAGAGAGGCUUUUGUGUUUGAACAAUCCUUGAGAUGCCUAGGUGAGAGCACAAGCUUUAAGCAAUGUGUGUCGGGGCUUAGGGGAAAGAGUGAUAGUCACACUUAGGUCUGACAGGUUCAUCUAUGACAUGUGCAGCACGCGUUAAAAAAAGUUUUAAACAAUCAAAUUGUUUAAUUGAGUGCCUUGUUGUUAAUCUUCCAAUGAUUCCUGUUACCACAAAGUAGAAAAGCACAUCAAAGAGUAAUCCUCAUUGGCGACUUCUCUUUUUUGCACUUUUUUUUGUCCUUUGAUGCUCCAAAUUUACAACAGUUUCUGCGGUGCUGAGAGAGUAAAGCUCACGAUGUGCUAAUUCAGCUAAGUGAUGACAUCACAAGGCCUGCUGACAGUGAACCCCAUUGGGCAUCCAUGGCGGAGUGAUGACACUGUUCAUCAUUACUAGCCUCUUUCAUUUCAGUAUCAAUACCCAACUAGAAAAGGCCAGUCAAUCUUGUUGAAUUAUUAUGUUAUAGUAAUUCACAAUAUAAUAAUAGCCUAUCAUUCACAAAAAUUGAUGUAGGCAAUAACAACUGAAAAAACAUAGGAUUUGCAUUGUGACAAAUGUUUGUAAAACUACGCUAAACAAAAUACAUUUUAUUUGAUUUGAAAGAAAGCAUUACAAUAUAAUUUUUUAUUAUUGAAUAUAUCAAGAUCACAUUGAUUAUUCAAGCUUAUGUCGUGCCUGAAGAGAAACUGUGUAAUAUGUAUGGAAAUGACAGAAAAUUCCUGAAAGGAACACAAUUCUUUCCACCUAUUGAAAGAGGCAGUGUAAAUGCUAAGAAAUUACUGGACCAUGCUUGAUUCUCAUCGUCAACCUUAACCAGGGGCCAAUAAAAUUGGGUUAACCUGUCAAAAAGAAACCACCAUACAUUCUUCAUUGUAAUGACAUGUUUGCAUUAUAUCCUCAACAGCUUAAAUACACAAGGGGGAAUUCCUUUUUUGUAAGGACAGUUAAAUUUUCCUAUUUUCAUUUUGUUUUCCAGUGUUUGUUUUCAUUCUUUUUUUUGUACUGGCUCACUAAUGGAGUUUUAUGCAGUUGGGUACAUUAGUUACUGGAAGGAAAUGUCUGGCACCAGCCAGAGUUCUCCUGGGGUUUUUCUCUGUGUACGUCAGUGAGGUGUUUUAUUGUCAUCUCACGGAAAGAGAAAAAUGGUCCUCUUUAUCAGACAGAAAAAUUAUCCAGACAGACACUGAGAAUGUCGCUUCAAGUAUGCCAGCAUGCCGAAGGGGGAGUGUUUAUACUGAGGAGUUUUUACUGGGGACAAAAGUUUGAAUUUAGUUUCACAUAACAAUAGUCUCUGAGGAAGGCUGUGGAAAAAAAACCUUACUGAAAGUGGAACAACUUCUGAAGUCCAUGGGACCCACAGUCUCUUAAAAUGUCAUUUGUGGAGAGACAUUCCAAGGGGUGCAGACCAUUAUUAACCCAAAAUGCAUUGCUAGUCUGCUCUCGUUGAAAUGAGUCCCAGAGCCUCUUCACAUACUCACAGAAUUCUAAUGCUUCUUGUUUUGUGCACCAACCAUGGAUACUAAUCCAUCAGAGAAACGUGUGGGAUUGAGGAGCACUCUCCCCAGGAAAACUGGUAAUUGGCAGACAUUUUUUCUAAUACACAAUUUUCUAAUAGUGAAACAGGUGUUUGGUCAUUUGUAAUUGGGCAUUUUAUUCUACGGUUUCUCACACUGAGAAGUGGCUUCACAGGGGUACGAUGCUACCUGUCGGUAUUGUCCUGGCCCAGACACAGGAAGCAGAACUUUUGCAGGAUUUUGGCUGUGGUGCCUCUGCUAUUUGGGGUUUUGGUCCCACAUUUCAACAGUAAAAUCGAUCUGACUUGCGUGUGGUGAGUGCUGUUAGGAAUUACAGUGCAUGAUGAGCCUGCUGAGCGGAAUUUCUGUAUGUUGGGAAGUGUGUUGGGACAUAGAAGUUGUGUAAUGCACCCAUUGGUAUUAAACGGGCAGCAUUUCACCAGUGUGAAACCAAACACACCCAUGUGCUGCAUCAGAAAGGCAGAACUCAAAAUGAAUGAGAAAGGGCUCAUUUUCUCAACCUGGACCAAGAGUUUCUGUGAUCCCUACAAGGCCCCAUGAAAUAUUGAUUUCUGCGUCUCAGAGGACAUGCAUUUUAGUAGGACAAACAGCGGGGGGGAUCUUCUGUAACCAGCUGACACUGAAGAUUUAUCGCUAUGAAUUUAACAGUUUAUUGUAUUACCAUAGGAAUUUCUUUCCCGCAUAAAUUUCCCCGCAAUGGGAAAAGGAUAGGCUGUAUCGUAAUGGCUUCAGUGUGACUGGUUUGUUUUUAUUGUGUUUUAUUUUUUGUUUUUUCUGGGUGGGGGGGUGAACACAACAGACUGAGACGGAGCUGAACCCUCAGCAUUGCGCUGUGUAAGAGAGUGAGGUUGCGUUCUAACGCUCGUCAUGCUGUGCCGGCCGUUGAAUCAGCUGUACAGACUAAAUCAGGAUUCUGACCCGUUUCAGUGCUUAUGAACAGAGAGUGGGGGGUUCCUCAGUGUCCUGGCCACGUGCCCAGUAUGGAUCUCCCACUCUGGGCAUCUGAUCACCUCCCAGUGUAAUUGGCUUAAUAAACCCGUCCUCCGCCCAGCUCUGCUGAUGUGUGGUGAGUGAGCUGCUGUGCAUCACCCGGGCUGGAGCUCCAUAUUGAUCAUGGCCGGGCUGAGGGUCCUCUCCUUCACUGAAAAGCCUCAAGCCAAGAUGAGAUAAAGGCACUAUAUAAUUUCAAUACAUAUUAUUAUUAUUAUUAUUAUUAUCCACAAACUAUUUGGAAUCUUCAGACUAUGAUUCACCAAAAUCUCCACCCCUGUUUGUUGCCAACAGCUGCAGAAAAAGCAAGCCAGCCGCUUGUUCUUGAUAUUUGGCUGAGGAAAGAUACAGCUUUGUCGUGUUUUCAUGAGUUGUUUUUUUCUGCCUUCCUUUUUUCUUUACUUUCUUUUUUUUUGAGAAACAACUCAAUCAUGAGUUAGCUGCUAAAGAGAAUUGAAUAAUGGAGAGCCAGAUCGUUGGGGAAGGUGUUGACUGCUGUAUGCUCCCUAGAGCUGACACAACUUUCCUUGACCUGUACAUGUUCAGAUGCUAGAAUUUCUUCUGUAUCAAACACACAUUAACACGACUGGGUUUCUCCUUUAAGAAAUUUGUUUGGGUUAUGUUUUCCAGCCAUUUAAAUCCAGCUAUGAGCUUCAUAUAGUGGAUCAAACCUGCGCUCCCAAUGGGUAGUGGCAGGAUGAUGCUCUAUCAAAUUACAGCUUGUCUAGGCCUCUUUUUUUUUUAGAGUCAGAGGAACUGGUGCGUACAUAAAAGUGUUCAAAUCCCCAGAUUCAUAGUUUCAGAGCCAAAUGGAAUCUCUGCACUCAUCUAAAUGGGACUGGGAGGGAACAAAAUCUGGUCUCUUAUAUUUAUCAAACUGCAGGACUGUGAAGCAGCAGCCGCACCCAUUUUCCUCCACGCUGUGCGGGAGUGAAUCAUGCAAAGUGAAGCACUCAGUCUGAAGCAGAAGUUGCCAAGGAUAUUUAUCCUUGUUGUCAACAGUGACAUGAAACCUGUAAGUUUGGUAGACACGCUGAAAAAAAAGUGAGACCGGGUUCAUAUAACCAAGAAAUAAAUAAACAAAUUGAGAGACUGUGUUCCCUGGACGUGACAGUUUUAUGAAAGCGCCCCGGUGUCUGAAGCCCAAAACACGCCCCGCCUCGCCCGGUCAGAGCGCAGUGCCAUCGCUGGCCCACUAAAUCGGCCCGCGUCAGAGUGCCACUGACCCUUAUGAGAGCGUCGCGCGGGGUUGCAUAGUAAAUCGCCAGCCGUAAAUCUGAAGUGGCCGUCCACACAGGGCCUGCGUGCCACUGCCAAGGACUUACGGUCCGCAGUGCUGAAAGCCUGCAGGGCGCUGUGAAUGAAACACGGCCUGGCACGCACAGGCUGACUUAAAGUAAGACUGCAAAUUCAAAACACACCUCUUUAAUUUCAGCAAUCGGCGCAUAAACCACUACAAAUUAAAUUAAGCGUAAUAGUUGCAUGUAUCAUUAACCCACGGAUUGAUUAUUUGAUUAUAGGAUUUUCACCUUCGGUUUCAUAUCAGUGUGCAGCUCUCUACCCUUAUAUGUGUGGUAAUGCGUUUUAAUAGGAAAGGUGCCACUGCACAGCAGGUUGAGCACACCUUCAAGCCAGAACGCAUUACGAAAAGCCAUCAUCCAGAAGUGGCAACCCUCCACUACCCAGCAUGCACAGGGGCGCGGCGCUCUCAUUUGCUGUCUGUGCCAUCCCCGCUGCUUCUCCCGUGAGCAGCUGGCUUCCCUCUUACCUCAUUUGAGUGGCCCAUCCGGGGAGACUUUGAUUAAUGGGGGGCCCCCGUCGCCGCGAAUGCGGGCGCGCACGUGGGGGCCCCUCGGCCGCCUGGCGCCGGGUCUGUUCAGACCCUCCCAAGUAAUGAGGCGGCCUUGGCAAGCUUCCGGAAGCUUCUUUUGUCCCUGCUCUGUGUUUAACCCUGAUGGAUUAGCUUAACUGCCUCUCAAGCCUUGCUGGCUUCAGUGUUGGGUCCCGGUCCCAGUGAGGGCGGUCGGCCUGGCACCCCUGUGCUCAGCCAUCGCCCUGCUUCAGACCGCACCUCGGUAAAAUACAACAGGUGUUGACCGCAGGGCCUCCUUCGCCCCGACCACCUGCUCCAGAUAUCCGACUCAUCCGUUUUGUCAGAAAAUAUUCUGUGGAUCCUGUGCGUUCAAUUUGCGGCAAGGGCAACGUGCCCCUCUCCCCCAGAACAGCUGGAAAGGUCGCGGUGUUAAGGACAGUUAAAAAUGUGUCGACCCCACUGUUUUCAAGGCCCUGGGGUUAUGCAGCAUUAUUGCGUAAAUUUGGCUCAUUGUUCCAGUGAAUGCUUUAGUGUAUACUAUAACCUAUAUAGUAUACUGCAAACAACGUCAUAGCAGAUACAGUACUUAACUGGUAUCAGGCAGGAGGAAUUCAACAUGUUUUCGUUAGAGAUAUCAGAGGGUCACAUUGACUCUCUGUGUAAUAUUGUGUAAUAUUAAAUGUCCAGACACAGAAUGAGCAUUUUACCUCAAUUUUACUUUAUUAUGAAUCAAACAAUUGAGCUGUUUUAUAUAAUUGUUGAGUAGCUGUGCAUUCCUUUAAGAAAGUUAUGUACAUUGAUUCAAACUUUAAAAAUGCACAUAUUAGAAAAUAUAUCAGUUAUUGUCUGUUGAAUAUAUGCACAUUUAUGAAGCAUAUUCUUCAAUGUAUUUAUAAAGUUAAGUAUAUGUAAAAUCAGUAAUAGCUGAUAUAUUUUCUAAUGUAUAUAUGCAAUAAAUAUUGAUGGCUAUAAGGAAAAAAAUAACUCCUGAUACUUAAAUUUAGUCUAUAUGAUCCAUUUCUCCUGGUCGAUACUUACAGAAACAAUUCAGUUUCAGUACCUUGGUGAAGAAGCUAAAAGGACGAUGCCCCAAUGAGGAUUUGAGCCCUCAACCCUCCGGUUACACAGCCAGUUCAUUAAUCGCACCACCACGCGGCUGCAUUCGCAGUAUGACGUCCGCUACAUUUUCUCAAGGGUCAUUUUAUACUCUCUUCAGUCUUCACCCUCCGAGGGUCACAGAAAGGAAUAAAGAAAAAGAGUAACCUGUGCAGAUUGCGUUCUGAUUGGCGGGGUUGCGAGCCAGGUGACUCGCAGUCUGAGGCGUGAAUGACAGGGGAGCGUCUGCAUGGUGAUGCUACUUCCCUGGCCCAGCUGCAGUGUGACAGCUGUGGAAAGCGGUGAAGCACCACCGAGGUUCUCUUUUAGCGGCUGUAGCGGUAUUGAUUUGUCAGGCUAUCGAACGCCCGUGUGAUGCGCAGCUUCGAGGGUGUAGCAGGCUCUCUCACCUUCCCCACCUGCAUCUGGCUCCACAGAUACAAAGCUACGGGAGGAACUAGAGGGAAGUUUCUCAAAUACUUUCUACCAAAUGAAUAGAAAACUGCUGAACCUCCAUGAGACAGUGAAUUAGGGAGAGGAACAGUAUUUAUGAAAAGGGACUUUCUGUAAAGGUGUUUGAGAGAGGACAUGACAGAGUGAUUUUUAAGAUGCCUUUUGUUUGUUUUUGUUUGUAAUUUCUUGUGUGGUCCAGGUCAUGUCAUGUCUCACAUUUCUUUUGUUGUGAUCCUGAGAAUUUCUGUACAUCUGUGGAUGUAGGGUUCCGUUUUGUUUAAGAACUUUUUUCUUUGAUGAAGCUUUCAAUAAAAAACACGUCAAAAACA